GCGCAGCCCCUUGUUAGUUUGAUUUGGUGCGGUAAGAGUGGAAAAAUUAAAAAGACUGCACAAUAUGGGAAGGUCUCCAUGCUGCGAUGAGAGUGGCCUUAAGAAAGGUCCAUGGACUCCUGAAGAAGAUCAAAAGCUUGUUCACCACAUUCAGAAACAUGGCCAUGGAAGUUGGAGAGCACUUCCUAAGUUAGCGGGUCUUAAUAGAUGUGGCAAGAGCUGUAGACUUAGGUGGACUAACUAUUUGAGGCCUGAUAUUAAGAGGGGCAAAUUCUCCCAAGAAGAAGAGCAAACCAUUCUCCAUCUUCAUUCCAUUCUUGGAAACAAGUGGUCAGCAAUUGCGACCCAUCUUCCGGGGAGAACAGACAACGAGAUAAAGAAUUUCUGGAACACUCAUUUGAAGAAGAAGCUGAUUCAGAUGGGUUUUGAUCCAAUGACUCAUCAACCAAGAACUGACCUUGUUUCUACCCUCCCAUACCUCAUAGCUUUGGCGAGCAUGAUGGACACAUCAUCAUCAAUUGAUGAACAUGCUCUGAGCUUACAAGCAGAGGCAAUUCAAAUGGCAAAGCUUCAGUACCUUCAUUACUUACUCCAAUCUUCCUCAUCAAAUUCCAACCUUGCCUUGGACCAAAACAAUCCCAUCAACAUCACAAACAUGGAACCUCCUUUCAGUUUGUUAAAUGUGAAAGAGAAUAUUAAUACUAAUAAUAAUAAUAAUAAUAAUGGUCCUUCUUCAUUUCCUCAUCAUCAUCAUCAUGGGAAUGGGAUUCUUAUUGAUGAUGAUAGUAGCUGUCAACCACUCCACUACCACCCAAACAUGCUAUUAUCUCACUUUUUAGACCCACCAUCACAACAAGUCUCUUUCAAUUCCCAAUCAUGUUUGAAUAAUAUUAAUGAGCAAGGUCAAGGUUCUACUACUAACUAUGCAAUCAUAAGUCAAAUGGAUCACACAACAGCUGAUGAUAAUUCCUCCUGGAUUCUUCCAUCUUCUUCUCCAUUAUCAUCUAUUGCUCCAAAUAAUAAUGGACCCUCUACUACUACUAGUAACAAUAAUAAUCCAGGAGAUACAAGCAGCACCACUUCUAGCUAUGGAGGAGGAGGAGGAGGAGGACCUGCUUCUUCCUCCUCUUCUUAUUGGUCUGAACUCUUUCUUGUGGACCCUACUAUCAUGCAUGAGCUACCUUAGUUUUAUUUUUUAUUUUCAGAUUAUAGUUGGCACUGUAUUUGGUGUGUGUGUGUGUGUUUUUAUUUUAUGCCUUGUUCAUCAUCACAUUAUUGUUUCUUGCCACUUCUUUCAAAUCAACACACAUCUACAUAUAUAUAGGUUAUAUAUAUUAUAGUAUGUAUAAAUAUAUAUGUAUUACAUGUAUGCGUAUUUA